GCGAGGAGAAGAGACAACCGAACGCCAAACUCUUCCCACCUUCCUCUUUCUUUAAUCCUACCCCAUUCAUUGUAUGCUCAAUUAAACCAAACACGGCAAGAGCAGAAGAGAGAAAGUGCGCACUUGCUCGCCACCAUUACACACUUCCCACCCAGCACUGCUUUGAGCAAUGCAAGGCUUAGUUUAGAGUGCAAGAGAAAGCUCAGAGAUCGAGAGAGAGAGAGAGGCGAGAGCUCAUCACGAAGGAUGGUCGCGGGCAAGGUGAAGGCCGCCAUGGGGUUCCAACGCAGCCCGGCCGCGCCCAAGGCGGACGCGCCUCGCCGUUCAUCCUCCUCCCAGGCCUCACACCACCAGACUCCGCCGCAUUCAUCCUCUAAAGACACGGCCGCAGCCGCCUUCGCCCGGUCCUUCGGCGUCUACUUCCCCCGCGCGUCCGCCCAGGUACGGCCCCGCUCGCCCAACGUCGCCGAGCUGCUCCGCCUGGUAGAGGAGCUCCAGGAGAAGGAGUCCCUGCUCCGCGUCCAGCUCCUGGAGCAGAAGCUUCUCAAGGAGACCGUCGCCAUCGUCCCCUUCCUCGAGAAGGAGAUCGCGACCAAGAGCGACGAGCUCGCGCGGGCCGGCGACCGGAUAGAGCGCCUGGAGGCGGAGAACCGAGCGCUGCGGGACGAAGUCGAGGGCUUGAGCUCUAAGAAACGGGUCGGCGAAGAGGAAGGCCAGCGCAGCGAGAGGAGGAUAAGGGAGCUCGAGACAGAGUUGGACGAGCUGAGGAAGGCGUUGUCCGAGCAGGGCAAUGGCGACUCGACGCAGUUUUGCGCCGGGCCGGUGAAGGUCGACGAGUGCUUGUCAGCCCAGAGGUUCCAAGGGCUCAUCGACGCCUCCGCGAGAUCGAAUCUCCUCAAAAGCUUGCUAAAACACCCCAAAUCCGCCGACAUUGGUCCUGAUCUAGAAUUCCAAAAGCCGGAGUGCAGAUUUCCAAAGGCGGAAGUAGGGAAGGCCGAAGGGGAGCAUCAACAGCCACGCAACGGAGAAAGAGAAGAGUUCUUGGAACCCCGAGCUCCUAGAGUUCCGAAGCCACCUCCCAUGCCGUCGGCCUGGUCUUCGUCGUCGUCCUCGUCCUCGUCAUCGGAGACCGCGUCCGCCGUUGCGACGAGAAAAAGCCCAAAAUUAUCGUGCCUUCCGCCGAUUCCGCCGCCGGCUCCAUUGGCGGUGCCCGCUCCAUCAAGCGGAGCGCGGCCUCCUCCGCCUCCACCGCCGCCCCCGCCGAUGGGGUCCAGGUCGGCGGCGGGAAGCGUGCGGCGAGUGCCGGAGGUGGUGGAGUUUUACCACUCCCUGAUGCGGCGGGAGACCAAGAGGGAGUCCUGCGGUGGAGUGCAGGACGCGGCCCCAGCCUCCGCUGCGAACCCCCGCGACAUGAUCGGGGAGAUCGAAAACCGCUCCGCCCACCUCCUCGCCAUAAAGACAGACGUGGAGACGCAGGGCGACUUCAUUAGAUUCUUAAUAAAGGAGGUGGAGCAGGCGGCCUUCGUCGGCAUCCAAGACGUGGUCGCCUUCGUCAAGUGGCUCGACGAGGAACUCUCCAUCCUGGUGGACGAGAGAGCGGUGCUGAAGCACUUCGAAUGGCCGGAGCACAAGGCGGACGCCAUGCGCGAGGCGGCCUUCGGCUACUGCGAUCUCAAGAAGUCGGAAUCGGAGGCGUCGUCGUUCCGCGACGACCCUCGCCAACCCUGCGCUCCCGCUCUCAAGAAGAUGCAGUCGCUGCUGGACAAAUUGGAGCAUAGGGUAUACGAGCUGUCGCGCGUGCGAGAGUGUGCGACUAAGCGGUACAAGGCGUUUGGUAUUCCCUGCGAAUGGAUGAUGGAGAGCGGAGACGUCAGCCAGAUCAAGCUGGCAUCGGUGAAGUUGGGGAUGAAGUACAUGAAAAGGGUUUGUUCUGAACUGGAGAUGAUGGCAGGAAGCCCCGAAGAAGAAGAGAUGAUGCUUCAGGGUGUCAGAUUUGCCUUCAGAGUCCACCAGUUUGCCGGAGGUUUUGACGUCGAAACAAUGCGAGCCUUCCUGGAGCUGAGGGACAAAGCACGGUGCCACCGCCUCCGGAGCAACAGUCACAGCCAGCAGAAGCUCUAUUGCAGGUCGCCGUCUUGCCAGCCGCCUACUUCCGUAAAGGUAGCGUAAACCCGUUCGAUUGAUAUGAGUCGACCAUUUUAUUUAAUGACCACCGGACGCAGCACACGAAAGGCGAAGAAGACUAAUCGAUUCGACUUGUAGCAUGGGUUGGUCAUAGCUUGUCUUGAACGUUAAGAUCUGUAUUGGUUUGCUGUAUCUAAUUUUUUGUCUUUAA